UUAGUCAGUCAGGUCCGGAUCGUCGCGAGGAGCAGACGCGAAUUAAAAAAGCACAGCUCCAACGAAAGAAAGCUCCACUGAAGAAGAGCAAUUAAUUAGUGAGGAGAGAGAGAGAGAGAAAGAGUGUGUGGCGAUGGUGACCAAUCGCCUCAAGUGGCUCCUGCAGUUGGUGCUCUGCUGCGGCCUGUUCGUCGAGCUGUGCCAGAGUCAAGGAUUGUCAGUAAUUGGACCAAAGCUGAUUCGACCCUUUACGCCGUACACGGUUGCCUUUGCAAACUCACUGUCACGUGACGCACGGCUGGAAGUCGUCCUGGAAGGACCCACCGAUUCCGUUUCCGUGUUGAACAGGGCGGCCCGAUUAGCUGUAACGAGAAGAACAGGAAAAUCGCACACAUUUGAGGUUGGAGAAAUUCCAAACGGCGAGUACAGACUUUCGAUCAAGAGUCUUUCGGCUGACUUUGGUUUCAACGAAGAAAUCGAUCUCAUCUACGAUGGCAAAACGGAGUCGCUGUUCGUUCAGCUGGACAAACCGGUCUACAAACCGGGAGAUAUGCUGCGAUUCCGGGUUGUCGUGGUUGACGUCAACACGCGACCGGUGACCAACCUCAAGUCUGUGCAGGUGAAGCUGGCGGACAAGGAUGGAAAUUCUAUCAUGGAAUGGCCCUUUGGCAGGCUGUACAACGGAGUGUUUGAGACCAGCUUCCAGCUGGCAUCGUCUCCGGUGCUAGGAAACUGGACCUUAACGGCACUGGCAGGGAGCAGUAAAGUUAAAAAACAAUUUGAAUUGAGAGAGUACAUCCUGCCUAAAUAUUACAUCAAAGUGUAUCCCACGGAGGUUUUGCUAGCUUCAAAGAAGCAAAUUAAACUGGCCGUUGAGACGGCUUACACGUUCGGCAGACCUCUGGACGGUACGCUGACGGUGGAUUUGUUUUUGGAAGAUAUCUACCAAAGAAAUCCUGAUCACUCCGUCACCAAACGCAUCGAAGGACGAACUUCGGUGGAGUUUGACUUGAAGAAGGAAGUCGAAGUUGAAGAAGAUAGUAUUUUUGCUAAUGUUUGGGCUAGGGUUAGCGUGAUGGAGACUUUUACCAACAAAACUGAAACCAUCAUGAGAAGCAUACCGGUUUAUAAGAAUCCGUACACGAUAACGGUGAUCAAAUCGGAGCCCAUGUUCCGCGCUAGAAUGAGCUACAACAUGCAGCUGGAAAUCAAAGAUCACAACGAAGUUCCUGCUAAAGGAGGAACUACUGCAAGCAUUACGAUCAUGUAUGAUGGAGGAAACUUUGACGAAAUUUCCAUGGUUGGUGAAGUUGAUGCAAAAGGCAUGGUACCAUUGGAACUGACGCCUCCAACUGGGGCUACGACACUACAUAUGCGGGUAAUCUACGACUCGUUUGAGUACGAUCAAUUUGAGGAAAUAUACGCGGCGCAAUCAAGAAGUAAUCAAUUUAUUACAGUCACGUUGAAUUUAAAGAAAUAUAAAGUUCGCCCCAACAAGGAGGUCCUGUUCGAGGUUUCGUGCACGGAACGAAUCAGCCACUUUUCCUACAUACUUGUGGCACGUGGAUCCAUCGUGGACUCGGGAAACGUGAACGUUUUCAACAAGCAAAAAACUUCCUUCCGCUACCGGUUGCUGCCCCAGCUGGCCCCCAAGGCAAAGCUGAUUGUCUCGUACACCAACAAGGAGUUUUUGAUUUUCGACGAGUUGGAUCUGGACUUUGACGUGUUCAACAAUGAUUUUGAAUUUUCACUGGAUCACGAAGUCGGUAACGAUUAUCACCCCGGGCAGGAUAUCUACGUGGAUUUGAAAGCUGCCAACGACUCGUACAUUGCUUUCCACGCGAUUGAUCAGAGCGUGCUUCAUUUGGGGCGGGACGGUCACGUGUUCUCCAGGGAUGACGUGCUGGAGGACUUGAGCCAAUAUGGAGCGACCGAGGCCAACGAGUUUGAUCCAUUCCAUACUAUGGGUCUAUUUCUUAGAACUACUGCCCAAGUAGACUUUCCUUAUGCUCGCCAACAACUGUCUAGAUUUGGAGGAUCCGUUUUUGGUAAACGCGUUGAAAAAGCGAUUCACAUUCGAACAGUUUUUCCGGAAACUUGGCUGUGGCGAAAUUACACCAUGGAUGGAAGAAACUCCAAGAUGACAAUUGCAUCGGUUGUACCUGAUACAGUCACUUCGUGGACCGUUACAGGUUUUGCGCUGAGUCCAACGUACGGUUUGGGUAUUAUGCAAGAAACACGCGAGUUUACGGUAAACCAACCCUUCUACAUCAUCGCCAAUCUUCCGUACUCGAUCAAGCGCGAUGAAGUGGCAGUGAUUCACGUGACAGUGUUCAACUUUCUUGGCAAUACUCUGACAACGGAUGUAACUCUUUUCAACAAGAACGACGAAAUUGAGUUUGUGGAAAAAUCGUCCGAUGAUCCAACCCGCCGCACCAAGGCCAUCAUUGUGCCGGGCAACAACGGCAAACCCAUCUCGUUCCUGAUCAAGGCGAAAAAGCUGGGCGAAAUUGCCAUCAAGAUCCAGGCGGUCAACCCGCUGAAGACGGACUCGGUGGAGCACAUGCUGCGCGUGAUCCCGGAAAGCCACAUGCACGAGGUGAACGAGGCGCGAUUCAUCGACCUGCCCAAGAACACGGUGCAGAACUUCCAGAUUCAGGUCAACAUUCCGCGCGAAAUCGACGAAGGGUCGGCGAGGAUCAAGUUCACGUUGGAUCCUGACAUCCUAGGAACGGCCAUCAAAAAUUUGGAAUCGCUGAUUCGCCUGCCAACUGGCUGUGGUGAACAGAACAUGAUGAGAUUCGUACCGAACAUCGUGGUGCUGGACUAUUUGUCUGAAACUGGCACGAUCCGAGAUGACAUAAAAGAAAAGGCCAUUGGAUAUUUGAAGAGUGGCUACCAAAAUCAGAUGAAGUACAAGCUCAGUGAUGGUUCGUUUGGCAUUUGGGCCUCAUCCCGAGGUGGUACCUUCCUGACAGCGUUCGUAGCAAAAUCAUUGAAAAUUGCCGAUAAGUACAUGAGCGUGGACAUUGACGUGGUGAACAAAGCGUUUGCCUGGUUGGCAGGAAAGCAGCAGCCGGAUGGAAGAUUCACCGAAGUCGGAGACGUGGCCCACGCGGACAUGCAAGGUGGUUUGCGGUCAACAAGUUAUGCCCUGACGGCUUAUGUUUUGGCCGCCUUUUUGGAAACAAAAAGCAUUGCACAGACACAUUCUGAUGUGAUUCGAAGAUCUGCCAAUUACCUAAUGAGUAAUUUCGACAACAUGAACAAUGUGUACGACUUGGCACUUACGACGUACGCUUUGUCGCUGCAGAGCCCGGCAAGUUCUCAAAAAUUCUUCGAUAAACUAGUUGAGUCCUCCACAUACGAUUCAACAAAUAAGGUGCGAAGUUGGAGCUACAAAUCUCUGGGCGUUGAAAUAGCUGGAUAUGCGCUACUUUCUUACGUACAACGUGAACAGAUAUUGGACGCAACGCCUAUAAUGCGUUGGUUGACCAGCCAGCGCUACGAUCUGGGAGGAUUCCCGGGAACCCAGGACACUUACGUUGGUUUGAAAGCAUUGGCGAAAUUUGCAGCCAAAGCUUCGGCCCACAGGAAUGAUUAUCGAGUUACGGUUCGUCCAAAGAAAGAGAAAUUGUUAACUUUUGACGUCGAUAAGAAAGUGCUGAGCAUUCAAGAGCUGGACCUUGACAGUUCCUCGAGAAGUAUCGACGUAGAAGUUAGUGGCAUCGGAAAAGGAGUUUUCCAAGUGGCAUACCAAUACUAUCAAAACAUCCUCAAAGAGAAGUCAUCUUUCGAUUUAAGCGUCAACCUGAUGAACACGACCACCUACUACAGGCAGCAACUCCACGUGUGCGUCAAAUUCAAUCCGAAGGAAGCCUAUCAGUACUCCAACAUGGUACUGGUUGAGGUAUUCUUCCCUAGUGGUAUCGUGGCGGACGACGAUGCCGUCCAGGACCUGUCAUCAAACAGGGCGAUUCAGAAAACGGAACUUCGAUUCGGUGGAACCUCGUUGGUUGUCUACUACACUCGGCUGGGAGUACAAAAGAAUUGCUUCACCGUAACUGCAGAACGUAGAUUCAAAGUUGCACUACAUCGACCCACGUACGUUGUGGUGUAUGAUUAUUACGACAAUAAACAAUCUGAUCGAUUUGCCAUUCAGUCGUACGAGGGAAAGGUGAUGCAGCUGUGUGAUGUGUGCGAAGACGAAGACUGCGUAACGCUGGCGUGUCCUCCCAGUACUGCUUCGGGGUAACCAGGGUGAUCCUCUCUUCCUAAAUAACCGUGCACUGUCUCGAGCCAAUGAUCAAUAAAUUGCGAACCGACUGAAAUCCA